CAUUUACUUGACGACAAUCAAUAUGGCCAUAUGAACAUACAGUAGACUAUAUUUAAUCAACUUAAGAGCGAUAUCAAAUAUGCCAAAGAAAUCAGCAAAAACUAAAAGAGCUCAUAGUACAAAAUCGGGUAAAAAGAGUGGCAAGAAAUCAGCCAAGAAAAGAGCUGCCCCAAAAUCAGCUCCUGCCAAAUUACCUUCGGCGGAAAUGAAUGAGCAUGCCUUAACGCAGAUUUAUUAUUGUGCUCACAACGCUGUAGACGCUCUUGAGUAUCGGGGAUUUGCCUGGCCUGAAGCUCCAAAGAAGGGGAAAAAGAAGAAAAAAAAGUAA